AGUGGGUUUUUUUUUAUGGGUGGAAUUUUCUGAGAGGCGUUGCAGCACUAGAAGCGAGUAGUCUUUUAACCUCCGCAGCCAAGAAAUAGUUCAUACAAACGCAUUUGCAGCCGCAUACAGUGAACUUCUUGUCAAUUUAGCCGGAACCUUUCAUUAUGGCCAACUACAUUCACGUACCCGACGAGGCGCCCGCUGUACCCAAAAUAGAUGUCACAUUAGACGAGAACGAUUACAGAUCUGGUGCAUUGAGACUGAUCAAGGAACUGAGACCGUUCUGGAAACCAUCCGAGGUCAAAAUGAAGUUCUUCACAGAUGGAAUCACCAAUAAGUUGCUGGGCUGCUACGUGGGCGGGGUCAUGCAGGAUGUAGUCCUGGUGCGUAUCUAUGGCAACAAGACAGAGCUGUUUGUGGACCGGGAGAACGAGGUGAAGAGUUUCCGGACGCUCCACGCACACCGCUGCGCCCCGCGGCUCUACUGUACCUUCAACAACGGCCUCUGCUAUGAGUUCCUACAGGGCCAGGCACUGGAACCUGAACACAUCCGCAGCCUGCCCAUGUCCAGGCUCAUCGCGAGGCAGCUGGCUAAGUACCAUGCCAUCCAUGCUCACAACGGAUGGGUGCCCCAGUCAGACCUGUGGCUGACAAUGGGCAAGUACUUCGCCCUGGUGCCCAAGUUCUUCCAAGACCCAGAGAUGAACAUGAGGUUAAACAGUGAGGUGCCUAGUCGAAGGCGACUGAGGGAAGAGAUGGUGUGGAUGCAGCAGAGUCUGUCUGUGCUGGGCUCUCCUGUAGUCCUCUGCCACAACGACCUGCUGUGUAAGAACAUAAUCUAUAAUCAGCAAGGAGAAAAUGUCAAGUUCAUUGACUACGAAUACGCUGGGUACAAUUACCAAGCCUAUGACAUUGGGAACCACUUCAAUGAAUUUGCAGGUCUGAAUGAGGUGGACUACAGCCACUACCCAGAGCGGAGCUUGCAGCUGCAGUGGCUGCGCUCCUACUUGGAGGCCUAUAAGGAACACAAAGGCCAAGGGUCAGAGGUCACUGAGACCGAGGUGGAGGUGCUCUACGUACAGGUCAACCGCUUCUCCCUGGCAUCUCAUUUCUUCUGGGGCCUAUGGGCUCUGAUUCAGGCAGAGUUCUCCACCAUUGAUUUUGACUUCCUGGGAUACGCAGUCCUUCGCUUCAGCCAGUAUUUCAAGAUGAAGCCAGAGGUUGCAGCGCUGAACUUUCCAGAAUAAAAGUCCUCCCUAUCUGGUCCUCAUGUCCAUCGUAGAGUGCCCUCUAGGGGGUGUCGGAAAGAAGACCCGGAGAGAGCCUAGUCCACACUUCCUGUGGAUUUCAUUCGGCACUCACUAGAGACUCAUAGAACCCUAUGGGAACUUAUAGAACUCAUAGAACCCUAUGGGAACUUAUAGAACUCAUAGAACCCUAUGGGAACUUAUAGAACUCAUAGAACCCUAUGGGAACUUAUAGAACUCAUAGAACCCUAUGGGAACUUAUAGAACUCAUAGAACCCUAUGGGAACUUAUAGAACUCAUAGAACCCUAUGGGAACUUAUAGAACUCAUAGAACCCUAUGGGAACUUAUAGAACUCAUAGAACCCUAUGGGAACUUAUAGAACUCAUAGAACCCUAUGGGAACUCAUAGAACUCAUAGAACCCUAUGGGAACUUAUAGAACCCUAUGGGAACUCAUAGGACCCUAUGGGAACUUAUAGAACCCUAUGGGAACUCAUAGGACCCUAUGGGAACUUGUAGAACUAUAUUAGAACUCAUAGAACCCUAUGGGAACUUAUAGAACUCAUAGAACCCUAUGGGAACUUAUAGAACUCAUAGAACCCUAUGGGAACUUAUAGAACUCAUAGAACCCUAUGGGAACUUAUAGAACUCAUAGAACCCUAUGGGAACUCAUAGAACUCAUAGAACCCUAUGGGAACUUAUAGAACCCUAUGGGAACUCAUAGGACCCUAUGGGAACUUAUAGAACCCUAUGGGAACUCAUAGGACCCUAUGGGAACUUGUAGAACUAUAUUAGAACUCAUAGAACCCUAUGGGAACUUAUAGAACUAUAUGAGAACUCAUAGAACCCUUUGAGAACACAUAGCUGUUAGAAACCAUGACUCGCCAUCCAUUGACACUCCACAGGGCCAAUUCCAUAGCAUCACUGCUACAGACAGAUCCCUACCUAGCUCGCUAUAGAAGCCUAGAACCAUGCACUUCUUCAUAAAGACGAAAGUCUUUAAGACCCAGUCCUCCAAAAUGUCUAAAUAUGCAAGGGAAAGAAAGAGCACGAUCAUGGCUUUUUUUUUGUUAAGAACAACCAAAUGAAAACAGUGUCACGUAAAAUAUGGUGAAUUCAGUGUGACAUUCCAGUAGCAUCUCUCACCCCAGUCUGUGCCCGCCCACAGGGGAGACCCGGACCAACUCUGUAACUUGUCUCCUGUGUUGUGCUGCUGACUGACUGGGAAUAUUAGUGUGUGUGGGCUCACUCUGAGCCAUUCCUAUUGGAUAUAUACAUCUCUUGUCUGGGCUAACUCACUUUUUGUUUUAUCAUGUAACCUCAUGGGGCAGUUGCAUUUGGCUAGACUCAACCUAAUCCUGGACUAAAAGGCACUUUCAGUGGAGAGUUGAUGUUCAAUGGCGUCACCAUUGGAAGUGAUUUUUAGUUAAGGAGUAUAGGCUUAAGCUGGUAUAUUGUUGCCUGGCUACCCAUCCACAUCACUCCGGCCAACUGAAGUUUCUUCUCCAUGAUGAGUGUGGAUUUGCUUCCCUCCCUGAUGAUUUCUAGGAUGUGAACACAUUCUGACCGUUCUGAUUGGUCCCAGAAACUGAUGGGUUGGGCCAGAGCCGGCCUACAUGGAUGACGUUAUCAACUUUGAUACUCUGGUUAGAUUUUGUUAGACGAUCCGAUCGCUGUUGAGUUUGUUUCGUACAACGCCCCUCAUUUUGAAGUCACACAAACAACUUCUGGGAUGGCAGUUUCAGACAAUGUAUGUAGGGAUCGAUAGAGCAGCGGAAUUAAAUUCAAGGCGAGUUGUCUGACACGGUUUAGUUCAACUAUCUGUGAGAACUGAGGUAAGACCUAUGAUUGGAGGACCAAUGGCUUUGGUAGUGAGUGUCUUUGAAAGUAUAGUGCUUCAUGUCUUCAUUUGUUUAUAAUGUAUGCGCUGCUUGGUUCUAGAAGUUUUUUUACGACAAAAAGUUAAUCUAAUAGGUAAAAACCAACCUACACCAAAGUGCUGAUCUUUUUUGCUUGUACAUAAUUGCACAUUGUAUUUUUCCAUUUAGAAAUAAUGAUAUUGAUAAUGUACAAUAUUUACCUUUUAAAGUGCAGUUUUAUACCUAUUUAAGUGAUAAUCUGUUUUCUGACUGGGAGGUCUUGGAGAGUAUGUUAGGAGUGUGUUAAAACAGAUUCGGCGUUAGUCAGGGCAGGUCUGUGCUGUCACUGCAAGACGCCUGGAUGAAGAGACCUCUUGAUAGGCUGCUGAAAUGGCACCCUAUUCCCUACAUAGUGCACUACUUUUGACAUGGGGCGCUGGUCAGCAGUGUAUAGGGAAUAGGGUGCUAUUUCGGAUGCAGACAGACUGUAUUUUCCAUUCCUACUCACCACUUCCAUGCCAACGGUUAUCAGUCUGCAGACUUGCAGCCGUGGUCCUAGGGGGUGCUAGCACCUCUGAGAACCGCAUUUCAAGGCACCUUUCAGGAAGCGGCUGCGAGUCUACAGACCUCUCCUGACCUGUGCAGCCCUCUACAUGUUAAGUGAACCUCAUCUACUAUAGCGAAGAAACCACCAACUGGGAAGUCAGCUAGGCAUUACGGUAUAUGCCUGUCUUAACUCUGUUCACUUUUUGUUUUGAGCAUGCCUUUUAUUUUGAUGUGGCUUUGUUUUAAUUAUAAUCAACAUGUCUGAGAUGGUAGGUCUGUGUUCCUUCACUGGGAAAUGGAGGACGGGUCAGAAAUUGGUUGUUGUUGAUCAGAUCCUAACUUGCGAGAUGUUGUGCGUUAAGUUACUCAACUUUUGUGAAAGUUCUCUACUGACACCUGUGCAUGGAUUUAGGAAAAGGGUUGUUUUACACUUGACUCAAGUUAGGUUUGUGUUGUCCUCGUCCGUAGACCUUGCCAUGUUUUUAACCACACAGGGUGCACAAGUAGUGCUGAAAUGCAACUGUCAAAUUGUACAGCUGUAGCCUACACACGUGCGCUAUAAUGUUAAACAGGAAUCAUAAAAAUACUUCGUAACGCAAGUCUGUUUCCCUGUUGAGUUUCAUUCUGAAAUGAACACGACCACUUUAAAAAAAAAAAAAGGCAACAUAAUACUUUCAGCUUACUCAAUACUGGUCUGCUUCUUUAAAACUUGUAAAAUGCUCUAUUCUUAUUUCUUCUCUGGCAUUUGUAGCAUAUGUGUAUAUGUACAUUUCAAAAUCAAAUGUAAUAUCUUUGCUUGAACUGUCAAAUGUGAAUGACUGUACAUAGUUUUCUUUUCUAAACAUUGCUCUAACAUUAAGUAGUCUUUUUUUGUUUAACUGUGAAAUAAUCUAACUUUUGAAUACUGUACACAAGUGCUGUGAAAGGAGAUUAAAGUCUAUUACCCUG